UCAGCCUGAUACCGGAGUGGAAAUGACACGUUUCCGGUUCUCAGGUCGAUGUGACUCUCCUUCUCUCUCUCACUGAAGGAACAUGAGACAAGAACAUGAGAUUUGCUGCAGGGAGUGAGUGUGUGCACUCUACCGGGUGUCCGCGUGAUAGAAGGUGGAUAAACACUAUGCAGGGGCGCAGAGGGGUGCGGGUUCGUCACGUGCUGCAGUAGAUUUACGGAGAUUUGGUCAGAUGCACGCGCGCGGCUCAACUUAUCAAUUCUCUUUAUAGCGCUACGCGUCGGCCGAUUCACCGGUGUACCGGACCCGUGUUCACUCCGUUUUUUUCCCCACAGCGAACGAGAGCGCCCCCACCCUCCUUUCUCCUUUACGGUCACCCCCUCCCCCUCCUACUAACGGAGAGGACCAAGAGGAAAGAGGAGCCGCUGGUCGCUCGAGGAGGACUGCCGAGCCGAGACAAGUCGAAGGACGCACGGCGGAGGCGGGAGAAUCAUGUGCACGUCUUCGCGCGCAGCUCACAGCGCGAAAAACCGGAGCGCGAGACACUAUGGGCGGCCGGAACCGUUACCGUCGUCCUUCUACCACUAACGCUUCUUCCGUUUCUCUUGAAGGGAUUUUGUAACGCUCGAACACCGGAGUGCGCCUGAAGGAUGACACCUCAUCUGUGAAGAAACCGAGCAAACGAUCGAUUAUCGGGAUCUGUUUUCUUUCCUUUUCUUUUUGACAAGCUGUGAUUGUGAAGAAAUGAACAAUUUAUCGUCACAUUUUUAUUUCUAAGGCCGGGAUGACUGCUGCCGGUAAUCUGUGUGGUGACGAGAGCGUGAGGCGUCGGGAGGCAGAAUGAGCAUCACUACACUGUACCGAAUAUUGCGGAUGUUUCGAAAUAAAUAAAUAAAUACAGCGAUUUCUCCCCAUCUUUUCUUGAUGGAAAAGACGUGAACGGAGUCCACACCAUUUUCAUAAUGCUGAGUUAAAAAAACGUCAAAGACGUUCAAACAUGGUCAUCUUUUCAGAAUGAUGUGAAGCGUUUAUGGCCUUUACAGAGCGAGCGGUGAAGAAGAGACCGUGUCCGUGUCCGAGCUGUCUAACAGAAGGACAAGCAUUUUUUUCUAGAAACUCAUUAAGAUGGAGCCACAGAAAAGAUGAAGGCUUCUACACAUUAUACAGAGGAAAAAUUUGAGCCAAUGACAGUCGGUGAUGUGGAUGUAAAAAUGAGGUGAAGAAGAACAACCGAUUGUGAAGUAAAGAGAUCAAGGAGAAACGCCCGUUUUAGUUAUUUCUCUUCUUUUUUGACUUUUAUUUAUUUAUUUAUUUAUUUAUUUAUUUAUUGCUAAUCAAACCUCGGCGCCGGGCUCCCUUUCCUUUCCAUUUUUUCUUUUACUAGUGAGAUAAACACACCACGUAAAUCUCCGCGCGCCCCCGGUAUGUGAUGUGUGGGAUGUAAUGUGGUGUGGUCGUCGCGCGGAACCUUCACCCCCUUCUUCCCUCCCGCUUCGUGAAGACUGGCGUUCGGCGCGUGCAGAAUGGCGCGGUUCACAGACGAGGCGCCGGCCCGGUACGGUGGAGGUGGCAGUGCAGUGGCGCAUGCGCACGGGCAGGGCGGCGCGGCGCGCGGGGCCAGCAGGCAGGGCGGCCCACCGGGAGCGCAGCGCAUGUACAAGCAGUCGAUGGCCCAGCGCGCGCGCACCAUGGCCCUGUACAACCCCAUCCCAGUGCGACAGAACUGCUUCACGGUCAACCGCUCCCUCUUCAUCUUCAGUGAGGACAACUUUGUGAGAAAAUACGCCAAAAAGAUCACCGAGUGGCCUCCUUUUGAGUACAUGAUCUUGGCCACAAUCAUCGCUAACUGCAUUGUCCUGGCGCUGGAGCAACAUCUUCCUGAUGGUGACAAGACACCAAUGUCUGAGCGUCUGGAUGACACAGAACCUUAUUUUAUCGGCAUCUUCUGCUUUGAAUCUGGCAUUAAGAUUCUGGCUCUGGGUUUUGCCUUCCACAAGGGCUCCUACCUCCGAAAUGGCUGGAACGUCAUGGACUUUGUGGUGGUGCUGACUGGAAUUCUGUCGACAGUGGGCUCCGACUUUGACCUGCGGACGCUGCGGGCGGUCAGAGUGCUGAGACCCUUGAAGCUGGUGUCUGGAAUUCCCAGCCUACAGGUAGUGCUUAAGUCCAUCAUGAAGGCCAUGAUCCCCCUGCUGCAGAUAGGCCUGCUGCUUUUCUUCGCCAUCCUCAUGUUUGCCAUCAUUGGCCUCGAGUUCUACAUUGGCAAAUUUCACACCACCUGUUUUGAUGACAUUACUGAGGAAAUUCGGGAAGAGUUUCCAUGUGGAACUGAGCUCCCCUCUCGACUCUGUCCAAAUGGUACAACCUGUAGGAAAUACUGGCUCGGACCAAACUAUGGAAUCACGCAGUUUGACAACAUCCUGUUUGCUGUUCUCACCGUCUUCCAGUGCAUCACUAUGGAGGGAUGGACAGAUCUCCUCUACUAUAGUGACGACGCCUCAGGCAGUGCAUGGAACUGGAUGUAUUUCGUCCCCCUCAUCAUCAUUGGCUCCUUCUUCAUGCUCAACCUGGUGCUUGGAGUGCUGUCUGGUGAGUUUGCAAAAGAGCGAGAGCGGGUAGAGAACCGAAGUGAGUUCCUGAAGCUGAGACGACAGCAACAGAUUGAGCGAGAACUGAAUGGAUAUCUGGAGUGGAUCUGCAAAGCAGAGGAAGUGAUUCUGGCUGAUGAAGUCAAUGAUGGUGAUGACCGGAUGCCCUUUGAUGGAUCACGUAGAAGACCAACACUGAAGAAGAGCAAAAAUGACCUGCUGAACCCAGACGAGGGAGAUGGAGACCUUGCUUUAGGGUCUCCAUUUGCUCGCGCCAGCCUUAAGAGCUCUAAGCUUGAGGGCUCAUCCUUCCGAAAGAAGGAGCGGCGACUGCGUUUCUUUAUCCGUCAUGUUGUGAAAACACAGGCUUUCUACUGGACUGUUCUAUGUUUAGUUGGUCUGAACACACUGUGUGUGGCUGUAGUCCACUACGACCAGCCUGAGCUUCUGUCUGACUUCUUGUACUUUGCAGAGUUCAUAUUUCUGGGUAUUUUCAUGUCAGAGAUGUGUAUUAAGAUGUAUGGACUCGGGACUCGGCCGUAUUUUCACUCAUCCUUUAACUGCUUCGACUGUAUCGUCAUAUGUGGCAGUAUCUUCGAGGUGCUCUGGGCCAUGAUCCAGCCAGGAACAUCAUUUGGGAUUAGUGUAUUACGAGCUCUCAGGUUACUAAGGAUCUUCAAAGUGACCAAGUACUGGGCCUCCUUGAGGAACCUAGUGGUGUCUCUGCUGAACUCUAUGAAGUCCAUCAUCAGCUUGCUCUUCCUCCUCUUCCUCUUCAUUGUAGUUUUUGCCCUGCUUGGCAUGCAGCUCUUUGGAGGACAGUUUAAUUUUGAAUCGGGAACGCCACCCACAAACUUCGACACAUUUCCUGCAGCAAUAAUGACCGUGUUUCAGAUUCUGACAGGUGAAGACUGGAACAUGGUGAUGUAUGACGGCAUUGAGUCUCAGGGAGGAGUCAAUAAGGGCAUGGUGUUCUCCAUCUUCUUCAUUGUUCUCACACUCUUUGGCAACUAUACAUUGCUGAAUGUGUUCUUGGCCAUUGCUGUUGACAAUCUGGCCAACGCACAAGAACUGACCAAGGAUGAACAAGAGGAAGAGGAAGCAGCAAAUCAGAAGAUGGCUCUUCAGAAGGCAAAGGAAGUGGCAGAAGUGAGUCCACUGUCUGCUGCCAAUCUGUCCAUUGCAGCCGUGACAGUUCACUCUGAGCGUCUCAGCACCUCUGAACCCUUUCUUCAGCGUAAAGAGCAGCAGAAGAACCAUAAGGGUUCUAAGUCAGUGUGGGAGCAGCGCACUAGCGAGCUCCGGAGGCAGACACUGAUGACCAGCAGAGAGGCACUGUACAAUGAGCUGGACCCUGAGGACCGCUGGAAGGUGUCAUACUCACGCCACAUCCGACCCGAUAUGAAGACUCACUUAGACCGGCCGCUUGUUGUGGAUCCUCAAGAAAACCGAAACAACAACACUAACAAGAACCGGCCAGGAGAUGAGCUUCUACACAAACGGCCUCCGUUCCAUUCUACAGUAGGAGGUGGGGGAAGAGGAACAGGAACCCCUAUAGCCCGUACUCUAGAGAAAGGAGAAUCCACAGAAUCUCAUCAAGGGUGCAGGAAAGGUGAGAAUCAGAGUCAUGUUGGCACUGAGAACACAGAGGUGGGCUUGAAGGAUCCACACCGGAAGAGAGAACAUCGCGGGCAGAGAACAGGACGCUCUCGACAACACCGCAAGGCUCUGGAUGAAGAAUCUGAGAAUACUGGAGGAGGCAGGAGGCACCGAAGUAAGGGCACAGAGGUGGGGGUGGAAGGCGAGCAAGCAGACGGAGCUGAGCGAAGGCAGAGGUGUCACCGACAUGGAGAGAAAGAAGGGAGAAGGGAAAGAGGAGAGCAGGGGGAGAGGGGCCGACACCGCAGGAAGGAGGGCCCUACUCUGUCUACCACUCGUCCUAUUCAGAAGACUCUGUCCAGGCAGGACAGCCAGUACAGUGAGGACCUGGACAAUGUGAUGAACAGCAAGCUUGCUACCCAGCCCUUGGUUCCCUCAGAUGCCCGUGGGCCAAGCAGCCAUUCCACACCCCACUCUAGCCUCCUGAGCCUGGUCAGCAGCACCCAUGGGUCUCGUCUGGCUCCUACAGGCACAGAGAGCAGUUUCAUUCUCACCAACCCUGCGUCCACCACCAUUAACCUUGUUCAUCUAGAUGCCAAACCAGACUACACAGCCAUAGACAUGCCACCCAUGUUCCCAUCUGCCAAUGCCAUUCUGCAGGUCAAUAAAAAUGCCAACACAGAACCGCUGCCCAAAAAAGAGGAUACAAAGGGUGAUGAUGAUGACGAUGACAAAGAUGACGGAGGGCCUAAACCUAUGCCCCCUUACAGUUCUAUGUUCAUCCUGUCCACAACUAACCCGUUUCGCAGGAUGUGUCACUAUAUUGUGACCCUGAGGUAUUUUGAGAUGUGCAUUUUGCUGGUCAUUGCUAUGAGCAGUAUUGCUCUGGCUGCUGAAGACCCAGUGUGGCCCGACUCCCCUCGGAACAAUGUUCUGCGUUAUUUUGACUAUGUCUUCACAGGUGUGUUCACCUUUGAGAUGCUUAUAAAGAUGGUGGACCUAGGUUUAGUGCUUCAUCAGGGUUCAUAUUUCCGUGAUCUGUGGAACAUUCUGGACUUUAUAGUGGUCAGCGGUGCCCUGGUAGCCUUUGCGUUCACAGGAAGCAGUAAGGGGAAGGACAUCAGCACCAUCAAGUCACUGCGUGUGUUAAGAGUCUUAAGACCACUGAAAACCAUCAAACGCCUUCCGAAGCUUAAGGCUGUGUUUGACUGCGUGGUGAACUCUCUGAAAAAUGUGCUGAACAUCCUCAUCGUCUACAUGCUCUUCAUGUUCAUCUUCGCUGUGGUGGCUGUGCAGCUUUUCAAGGGCAAAUUUUUCUACUGCACUGAUGAGUCCAAAGAAUUUGAACGUGACUGCAGGGGUGAAUACCUGGUGUAUGAACGAGAUAAUGAAGUGAAGGCACAGAAACGAGAAUGGAAGAAAUACGAUUUCCACUAUGACAAUGUGCUAUGGGCUUUGCUUACACUCUUCACUGUUUCCACGGGAGAGGGCUGGCCACAGGUUUUGAAACAUUCCGUCGAUGCGACUUAUGAGAACCAGGGUCCAAGUCCGGGGUACCGCAUGGAGAUGUCCAUCUUUUACGUCGUCUACUUCGUGGUCUUCCCCUUCUUUUUUGUCAACAUCUUUGUUGCCUUGAUCAUCAUUACCUUCCAGGAACAAGGGGACAAGAUGAUGGAGGACUACAGCCUGGAGAAGAAUGAGCGAGCCUGCAUUGACUUUGCCAUCAACGCCAAGCCACUGACUCGCCACAUGCCACAGAACAAGCAGACAUUCCAGUACCGCAUGUGGGAGUUUGUGGUGUCUCCACCGUUCGAGUACACCAUCAUGGCCAUGAUUGCCCUCAACACCAUUGUGCUCAUGAUGAAGUAUGAUGGAGCUUCAGAUGUCUAUGAGAAGAUGUUGGCCAACCUGAACAUUGUGUUCACAUCACUGUUCUCACUGGAGUGUGUGCUAAAGAUCAUUGCCUUUGGUGCACUGAAUUAUUUUAAAGAUGCCUGGAACAUCUUUGACUGUGUGACGGUCCUCGGCAGCAUCACUGAUAUUUUAGUCACAGAGCUGGGGAAUAACUUCAUCAAUUUGAGUUUUCUGAGACUCUUCAGGGCUGCUCGUCUUAUUAAGCUCCUCAGGCAGGGUGAAACUAUUCGCAUCCUACUCUGGACUUUUGUUCAGUCUUUUAAGGCCUUGCCAUAUGUGUGCCUACUCAUUGCUAUGCUGUUCUUCAUCUAUGCCAUCAUUGGCAUGCAGCUGUUUGGGAACAUUGCAAUCGAGGAGGACAAAGACAGCUCCAUCAACCAGCAUAACAACUUCAGGACUUUUUUCCAGGCUCUUCUUCUUCUUUUCAGGAGUGCGACAGGAGAGGCGUGGCAUGAUAUCAUGCUAUCAUGUUUGGGAGGGAAGGAAUGUGAUCCCCUCUCUGGGAACAUGGAGCCCGAGUGUGGAAGCGAGUUUGCAUACCUUUACUUUGUCUCCUUCAUCUUCCUUUGUUCCUUUCUGAUGUUGAAUCUCUUUGUAGCUGUUAUAAUGGAUAAUUUUGAGUAUCUGACAAGAGACUCCUCAAUUCUGGGACCUCAUCACCUGGACGAGUAUGUGAGGAUUUGGGCAGAAUAUGACCCUGCAGCCUGUGGCAGGAUCAGUUACAGGGAUAUGUAUGACAUGCUCAGGCAAAUGUCUCCACCAUUAGGACUGGGGAAGAAGUGCCCUGCACGGGUUGCAUACAAGAGACUCCUGCGAAUGGAUUUACCAGUUGCAGAUGACAACACAGUGCACUUCAACUCCACCCUCAUGGCCUUAAUCCGCACUGCUCUGGACAUCAAAAUCGCCAAGGGUGGGGAAGGGGGUGUUGAUAAGCACCAAAUGGAUGCUGAGCUGAGAAAAGAAAUGAUGGCAAUUUGGCCCAAUCUCUCACAGAAGACUUUGGACCUGCUUGUUACACCUCACAAGGCAGCGACAGACCUGACAGUGGGGAAGAUUUAUGCAGCCAUGAUGAUUAUGGAGUAUUAUAGACAGAGCAAAGCCAAGCGCACUCAGGCUCUCCGAGAUGAACAGAAUCGAACGCCAUUAAUGUUUCAGCGCCUGGAGCCACCAUCACCGACACAGAAUACUGGUCAGGGACUCAAUGGUCUUUCUGAACCACAAUCGGACCCUAACAACUUGGCCGUGGAUGGGGGCAUCCCGGAGAGCCAGUCAUGGGUCACAGCCAGAGCUCAGGAGAUGUCUCAGAAGGCAGGCAGCUGGAGCCCAGAAGGCCAGCCAACAGAGGACAUGACUGAUAACCGGCCCACACUGCAGACGGUAGAGAUGAGAGAGAUGGGGCGGGACGGGUUCUCGGACACCGAGCCCUUCCUGCCGAUGGAAGGCCACAGCAGGGCAGCUUCCAUGCCUCGACUCCCGGCAGACAACCAACAGCAGCCAAGGAGGAGAGGAAGGCAUCGAGGGAAUAACCUCAGUACUAUAACAGACAACAGCCCUAUGAAGCGAUCAGCCUCAUCACUUGGUCAUGGUCGUUUGGGGCGGGGUCCACGGGCUGAUGAUUAUGCCAUGGACCGAGUGAUGCCUGAGGAAGGACCUAGGCACGGACAUCGCCGCCGAGAUCGCAGCCACCGAGCCUCUGAGAGAUCGCUCAGCCGCUACACUGAUGCCGACACAGGUCUUGGCACAGAUCUGAGCACUACCACACAGUCGGGUGACAUGCCUCCCAAAGAAAAAGAUCGUGAACGUGGCCGUGCCAAAGAGCGACGUCACCACCACCACCACCACCACCACCACCAUCACAGCUCAGUGGAGAAGGAGCGCUACACACCCGAGAGAGAGCGAGGAGACUAUGGGCACCGGCAACGGCGCUGGUCCCGGUCACCCAGUGAGGGCCGAGAGUGCCUCACUCACCGACAGGGCAGUAGUUCGGUGAGCGGCAGCCCCGUGCCCUCAACAUCUGGGACGAGCACACCUCGGCGAGGUCGACGCCAGCUGCCCCAGACACCUGCCACCCCACGCCCACAUGUCACCUACUCACCUGUGGUCCGUAAACCAGUUGGUACACCGCCUUCAGGUCCACAGAGCCGCCUGCCCACCCCAACCCAGAGGCGUUUCUCUCCACCUGUGCCUGAUCCAUCUGUACCCCCUCAUCACGGCACUGGCCGUCGACCCCGUUGGUGCCCAGGCUCAUCCGAAGGCACCCCAGGCGAUGGCUUUUAUGAUUUUGAACGGUGUGAGCCACCUGCAUACGAGCCGAACACAGGACAGGGCAACCCGCACCCACAUAACCCACCACACCCACGUUCACCUAGGACUGCUCGCCCCCCUGGUGCUCGUCGCAUGCCUAAUGGGUACCGUUCCUCCUCACCCUCGCCACAGCGACAUGCACCCCCUCACAGCACACCUCACAAGCCUCCGCAUCCCAGAGGGCCCAGGAAAGGGCUGCAUGAACCCUACAGUGAGACAGAUGAGGAUGACUGGUGCUAGCCUCUGGGAGAGGGGAGGGAGGGAGCAAAAAAAGAAAGGAAGAGAUCACACUGUCAGUUGCUGGAAUGAGACACAAUCAAGAGACUAGUUAUUUUGACAUGGGACAUGAGUUUUUCCUCGGAAUCUGGAAGCCUCUGAGAAAAUGGAGUGACAAAGGGUAAAUUAAAAUCAUUUGGAAACAUCACAGAAAUGAGCGGCAGAUCCCUGACUGUUCUUGCUCUAGGGCUAACACCAAGAAUUUUGUUGGUGUUAGUCUUUGGGGUGAAGAUGGAGAGGAUCAAAUGUUAGGGUUAGAGAACAUGACAGCAGUUGCUAUAGCAGGACCCAGCUGCAGGCAAGAGUCACUUGCAGGAAAGCCAGUGACAUCCAUAAGUGUGCAUGUUUCAGAAAAGCACAGCAGAAGUGUGCUGGGAGGCUCAGGGGAAAAUUGAGGCAUGCUUCCCUUCUUUUUAUUAUAUUAUGUUAUUUCUUUUUCUUUUUCUCUACUGCCUGCUUUUUUCCUGGACUGGAUGACUUAGGAAAGAUGAGGUGGGUUGGGGUGGGGGAAAAAUAAUAACUCUUCAUAAGGGAAAUAAACAUGCAGAAUGCUACUAUUGGCAGGAGAAAUGUCUGCAUUUUUGGAUAUGUUGUGUAUCUUCUGCAGACAGAAUGACAAAUGCCACAACUGUGGUGAAGAGACCUCAGAAAAGGUGAUAAAUUCACAUCUGAUCAUGGAGAUUGACCACUGGCUUUACUCAACUUGACUGGAGCACCAUCUAUUGCAAAAAUCCACCCACAUGUUGGGUAAUAUUGAUGAGUUUUAUCAUCUGUGUUUACUGUUAAUAAUAAUUUCCGUGAGGGUGAGGAGGCCACUGGCCUUGUGUGUGUGCGUGUGUAUGUGCGUGUGUAUGUGUGUGUGUGUGUAUGUGCGUGUGUAUGUGUGUGUGUGUGUGUGUUUGUGUGCGUGUGUAUGUGUGUAAGAGAGAGGGUGGGUUUUGCUUAAAUGAUAGGUUUUGGGCUGGGGCACACACACCCUGACUGUAUUUGGGAAUCCAGGCCCUUAUAGCUCCUGACCUUUAAAACCAGAGAGAGAAGAAACACAAUGAAAAGAGGAGAUGAAAAAAAUGAACCAGUCGUCACUCUUCCUUCUUCUAUGGCUUCUCCUUCUUCUGCUUCUUGUUAGAGACACUGAAGCUUGAUUCUUCUGUUGCACUGCUAAGCUUUGUUUGAACUCCUAAAAUAAAAAAAUCCCUUGCAUGAUUGAAACAACAAAAAAAAAAUUAACAAUGAAACUUUGAAUGAAUUUGGGUGGGGUGAAUUUUCUCGGUCUUUCAUUUCAUGUCUGUAAAGUUCUCUCUCCUGUCCCUGGCCUCCACCCUUCACUCCUCUCUGAAAUUGUCCCUCGCACUUUUAGGGAUGGCACAAAGGGGACAAGAGACCAACACUCUCCAUUUUAACUGCUUUCUUUCUACAAUAAUGUGAGAUAGAAUCCUGCUAAACCUUGUAACAGAUUUAUUUCCACAUGGCCAACGUUGCUAACAAUUAAGAUAAAAACACAAGAUUGAUAUAUUAUUAUUGAAUUGAUAGCACAAUUAUUUUGAGAAAAAAAACAUUUAGUAACAUUAUUUGCAUUCAUCUCACAGAUUAUUAAUAGUUUGCUCAUUUGCACAAAAUUUCAAACAUUUACACACACAUACACACAUACACACACACACACACAGACACACAGCCAGUUUAUACACAUGGACUCUCUUCCCCUUACUCUAGUCUUCCAGGGUGUGAUGGAGUGAGAAGGGAGUGGAGGAGGUGAGAAGAGAGAGAACCUCUUCAUCUUUCUAUUAGAUUUGUUAUUGAUGAUGAUGAUGAGACCUCCAGAAGAUAAGACAAUGACAAUGAUGAUGAUGAUGAUGAUGAUGACUUUGAUUAUAAUUUGUUUUUUAUUCAGCUGUGCUCUUUGUAUUGCCAUAUCUGUUUUGGUGUGGUUCUGUUCAUGUGGUAUGUGGAGCUCUGUAGCAGUGAUGCUUUCUGGGCCAUGGUUGUCUCACCUUUGACCUCUAGCUAACCUAGUCUUCAUUGGUAUUUAUCAUGCACACAUGUUCCUUAUUCAUCGAAAGUAAAAACACAAUGUCUUAGAUGUAAAAACUGCUAUUUUCCUAGAAUGUCAGAUUAUUAAGUAUAAAGCGUAAUACAUGUAUAUUGUGAAUUAAUACAGCUGUACAUAAUUAAGAUUUAAUUCACCUGAGCUCAAAUCUACAGGAAUGUCAUAUUUUUUAUGAUUAUGUUCAUAUGAUUAGAUCAUUAAAGCUGAUGAUAGCAGAGAAUAUGUUAAUGGCCCACAUAUGUAAAGAGGCUAACACAAAAUAGAAAAGCCCCAAUGUGUUGAGUUCAGGAGUAAUGUUUGCCCUUUUUGCAUACAUGAAAUCAGUUUUAUAAUACAGAUUUAUUCUCCAGUUUUAGAGCAUGUCCGUUUGGGACACUAUGUGUAGAAUAGUAUUAUGUGGCUGUAUGUUUGAGAAAGGAACAGAGCUCCACUACCUCUGGCAGACCAGUAGAUGGCACUGUGCUCCACAGAACAAAGCUAUAGACCUGACUCAUUGGUACACUUUUUGUGUUCCAUAUUUAUGUUAAUGAUCUGUACAUGUGGAUUUACUAUUUAUGUGGUUCACCAUUCUGUGUUCAUGACAUGUCACACAGCCAAUCAGAUGGCACAGGAACACAGAAACACAAAUCAAAUUGCAUGGGUUGAAACAAUGACCGGGCCUUUUCUGCCAAAACCUGUCUCUUGUGUCCCACUGAUCUUUGUGUCCCUGCGGCCCAAAUGUAAUCGAUACCUCCCCGUUAUUCUUAAACUUCUGACUUUAGUUGUAAAAAUUCACUGCCAAAAAUCAUUCUGAAGCACACAGGCAUCAUUAUAUAUGUAGCAUUUAAUACUAACAUGCAUAGCACAUUGUUGUGUGUGUGUGUGUGUGUGUGAGAGAGAGAGAUAACUUAAGCCUUUAUUUUUUACACAAAGCUUAUAUAUAGUUAUAUCCUGUUGGAAAGGCUCCCACUGCUACUUGAGCAUUAGCUUGUGUGAUUAAGAAUGUAACAUUGACAGUUAUUUAAUAAUUUAUUUUAAACCAGUUUAUAUUAGCAACCAGAGUGCAACUAAUACAAGAGGGCUUACAGAGUGAGAAAAGUAAAAUGGACUUACUUACAAAUCCUGUAUGUUUAAUGGGCUAAUAAAAUCCAUUAAUAAAGUCCAUUAAUAAUUUGAACUAUUAGUGGUUUUGAGGUUUCUCUGUACACUGUCCUUCUAAAGCCACAAUUAAACUUAAUUAAACUAAUUAGCUUAAUUAAAUGUAUACAAAACACAAUAAAAUUUACAAAGAUUUUAAUUCAGAAUCAGUGAAGAAUUGUUGAGCAUACUGUGCAGCAACCCUAAAUUUAGGAACAGUGAUUUUAAAAAUGGCUUUUAGUUAUUAAUUGUUUUUGUAUUUGUCUUUAUAAGUUUUUUUUUUUCCAUUUGCACAAUGCUUUUAGAAAUAAAAAAGGCAGUACUGCUAGGAUUUAAAUUACAAUUCACUCAUUGUCAGGAAACAUCCACCUCACCUCUUUGUUCGAUUUACACUUUUCACUGUAAUCAGUUCAUAAAUAAUAUAUUUAAAAUGACCCAAUAUAUAAAUUAUCAAUAAAUUACUAUUAGAUUGUGUAUAUGAAGGAAGCUUAUAUUAAUUGCUUACAAAUAUGUACGAAGCAAUUAAUAAUUUAUAUAGCCCAUAUUUUAAUUAUGAGGUUGAUAUAUACAUCACAACAUACAAAAGCAAGUGGGAGCCAAAAUCGCAGGAUUGUGUGUGUGUGUGUUUCUCUAUGUCUGUCUGUCUGUCUGUCUGCCUGUGUGUGUGUGUCAUUUUUCUCACAAACCCAUAAAACCAUAACCAGCAGCAUAAAAAAAGACAAAAUCCCCCCAAAAAAUUCAGAACAAAAAGUGAAGGUAUUUAAUUCAAGAACUGCAUGUGCUAUGUGCAUGCCAUACCGUGGAACUUCAUCUUCAGGAAUAAUAAUAAUUUAAAAAAAAACAUAGUAUUACUGAAAAUGACAAUAGAGAAAUGUUUUUAAAAGCAUCAUGUUCCUCUUCUUUAUAUUUUUAAAACAAAAUAAAAAAAAUACAAAAAAAAAUAUCUAAAGAGAUUAAAUGACUUUGCAAAUUUAAAUUGAUAUAUUUAUUCUUCAUUUUUUUUUUCAAAACUUGGAGGUGAGACAUUUCAACAGUAUGUUCAGGACACAAUAUAACUUCUGUCAUAAAAAAGAGAAAUAAAAGCAAAUGUGGACAAA